AUGGAAGGGCUAAUGAAGAAAUACGGCAUCAUACAUAAAGUGGCUACGGCCUACCACCCACAAACAAACGGCCAAGCCGAGGUUUCCAAUCGGGAGAUUAAACGUAUAUUGGAGAGGAUUGUAAAGCCCAAUAGAAAAAGAUUGGAGUGCCAAGCUUACCGACGCACUAUGGGCAUACCGAACGGCAUACAGGACACCGAUUGGCAUGAGCCCCUUUUCGAAAAGGAUAGCUCUUCGCUGCCGCCGCCGCUCUGCUCCUCGGGGAAAGGGGGAAGGGAACGCGAAGGGAGAAGAGGGGGGGGGUUUCGGGACGGGAAGAAGAGGGGGAAGGGGAAGGGUCCUCGCCGCCGCCACCGGUUUUCACCGACGCCGCCGCUCUUCGCUGCCGCCGCCACCGCUGCUCCUCGCCGGUUUCUAGUUUCUUGUGGUUUCUUCUGCUUCUGGGUUCAGCUUCAGCUUCUGGGUUCAGCUUUGGCUUCUGGGUUCAGCUUUGCUUGCUGCUGUUCUUCCGCUUCUGCUUGCUGUUCUUCUGAUUUUCAAUUUUGUUUAUGGUUCUGAUGAUAAUGAUAAUGACCAUGAUGAUAAUGGUGGUGGUGGUGGGUUCUU